GGAAUUGCAAAAUUAAUGCCAAAUUUCGUUCUAAUAGGCAGGCGCAAGUGAAUAAGUAAUCAACAAUCAUAUCAUAGGCUGUUUUGAGAUGCACCAUGUCUGGGCACGGUAGCAGCAGGAGGAACAGGCACAGAAACAUUUGUAACACCGCCAACAUGGCGCACCUGCUCCAAUGCUCUUGAUGUUGUUGACGUCAACAAAGUGAAAUUCGAGUGAGCGGAAAAGAGAAACACACAAAAAGAAGAACAGCCAGUAGAACGUGAAAAGAAAAUCGCAAAUUGGAGCCGAGCCGCCGAAAAACCUCCACUGGACCACACGCAGAAGGGUACGGUACUCUGAAAUGUACUCUGAAUGGGCCUCGCUGUCGGCCCAGAUUACAGCCAACAGCUGCGGGGCGCAAUGCUUCAGCGUGCUGAACAAGUUUCCAGCCUCGGCUGGACGGGAAGUGGUCGUGUCGGUGGUUAAGCAGCUGGGCACCAAUCUGGGCAUCACUCAGAAUGCCGAGCCUAGUCAUUUGGUCAAGGAUGAGGAGGUGAAAUGGUGCAUGGAUGUGAUCUGCUUUGGGCUGUCACUGCCCCUGCAAGAGCACGAGACCAUCAAGGACUGCGUAAAUGUAUACUGCGAGUGGCUCACUGCGUUGCAUCCACAGCCGCGCAUCAGUGUGCCGAAGCCCAUAUGCGAGGAUGCCAAUCUGUAUGCCCGCCAGAUAAUCAACCAUUUCCACAAUCUGUUUGUUCCGCGCCAGGGCGAAAGUGCCGACACCAUCAAGCGGCAGGCGGUGCUCUGUCAUCGGGUACUGCGUACUCUGCAGCAGACUGCGCAGAUUUCGCAGCAAAUGGAUCGUCAGACUUGGGACACAUUGCUGCUCUUCCUUUUGGCCAUUAACGAAAUUCUACUGGCGCCGCCCACCGUCAAGGACGAUGUGGGGGAUCAGCUGUGCGAGCGUGUGCUCUCCGUGCUCUUCGAAGUGUGGCUGCUGGCCUGCGUGCGCAGUUUCCCGUCGCCUUCGAUGUGGAAGACGCUACAGGAGUCGUGCUCCAUGUGGCGGCAUCGCGUGGCCCUUGUCGAUCAGUGGAAUCGUGUCAACUUGGCCCUGACGUCACGACUUCUCGAGUUCAGCUACGGACCAGCGUUUCCCCAGCUCAAAAAUGCCGACGAGGAUGGCCAGCUGAUACCCCUUGGCAUGUCGAACGAUUGUGUGGCCCAGACAUGGUAUCGCUUCUUGCGUAUGAUCGGCAAUCCCACGGCGCUCUGCUCGCCGCACAUCAUCAGCAAAUCGUCGCACUUCGUGCAGUGGGCACUCACCCACGAGAAGGGGGCCGAGACACACCAGCAUCCGUGUCUGCAGAUGCUGCCGCAGAUCUUUCUCAAUGCGAUGAAGGGCAUCUCCAGCCAGGUUGAUGCGUUUCUGGGCGUUUAUCAGCCGCCGCCACAUCAAACGGAUAGUGUCGUGACGAAUCUAAUGGAAAUACGGCACUCGCUGAACGAGGCCACCUCCUCCACGCUGCAGCAGUUCAUCCACUCGAGCAGCGCAUCGAAUAUAUCGGCAAAUAGCCAGCAGCAGGGCUCCGCCGCGCAACAACUGCAGCUCCAGCUCCAGCAUCAGCAUAUGCAUCACCACCAUCAUCUACACUAUCCGCACUUGCAUUUACAUGGCGCUGGCAGCUUCCUGCGCGACAAUUUCAUGAGCAACUCGGCCAGCUCUGCUCUGAAUGCCAUCAUGGGUCAUCACAGCCACCAUCAGCAGCAUCAGCAGACCCACCAGCAGCAACAGCUAUCACUCUCCCAGAGCGGAGCCUCGCCUACGUCGACCGCUGCCUUAGUUGCCAGUAAUUUGGGACACUCGAUGGGGGCCUCUGCCGUUGGAAGCACCAGCGCUGGUGGUAGCCAUUCGGCCGGAGUCGUCGGCAGCAUAUCCUUUAGCACGACUGAGGCUAACCUGCCAUCGACGGGUGUCUCCAGCACGCCCACACCUCCGCUACAGCGACGAUUGGCCAAGAGUUUUAGCGUGGCGCCCACCAUAACGCAGCAGAAGGGCUUGAGCAAAACCUCGCUUAUCGGCCUCACGGGGGGCGGUGCACGCAAUGCGAUCGGCAGCAGCAGCAGCAGCAGCAGCUACAUCCACAGCAGCGGCUCGACGAGCGCUGGCCCCGUCCAAGGCACGGGUGGUGUUGCCGCUGCCCCUGGCAGUGGCAUUACUACUGCCACUGGCGCUGGCACUGGCUCCGGUUCUGGUGGCCAGGCACCGGCUCCAGCUGCGGCUGCGGCACCCACAACGCCAACAUCGACAUCGGGUCCGCCCUCGGCGAGCAGCAGCAUCAACUCUCUGCCGCUGACAUCGAUGGGAGCUGGCGUUGAGCUGGCGGUGGCGCGGCCCAAGUGUAACAGCAUUCUCCACGUAUUCCACGAGUGGCUGUUCGAGGCAGCGCACAUAGGUGGAGAUACCUGGCGCCAGAACCGCAAGAAACAGGCAUGCGAAGCCAGUAAGCGGCCAUCGUCGAUGAUAAUGGAGCACCGCAAGGGUUCAAUAUCGCUAUCCCAGCCCAACUCUCUGAACGAUCCGGCCUCGCUGCCACCCACGCUGACCAUCGAUAAGUACGAGUCGGGCAGGGCCGAGGCCAUUGGUACACUUUGCAAGAUAUUCUGUGCGAAGAAAACCGGCGAAGAGAUACUGCCGGUCUAUUUGGCCCGCUUCUAUAUGGCCCUCCAGCAGUGCCUAAAGAUCACCGAGUCGAAGGAGUGCGACGAGACGCUGGCCAGCAUUCUGCUGCAUUCGGGUGAUCUCUUUCGCCUGGACCUGGAUGGGAUCAAUGUCCUGCUGCCGGGCUUCAUAGCCGCCCUAGAGAUUGUGCUGCCCGACAAGGAUCUGAAGCUGAAAACGCAGUCAAUGGCAUUCAACCGGACGGAGCUGCGGCGCUCGGCCAUCAACAUACUGCUGUCGAUAAUGGUGCUGCCCCUUCACUACCAGUCACUGCCCAUUCGAGAUCUGUCCAGCGAGACGAGCGAGAAGAUGUUCACGUUCAUCCAGCUCAAGUCGCGACUUAUGAACAUUCUGAUGAACGCUCUGCAGGUGGAGACAGAUGCCCAGAACACACACAUGCUGCUGGGCGGCCUGCUGUUGUGCGUCCAGGAUGCCGUCACCUUCGAGGAGACCGAUCUGGGCGGCGGCGGCUCUGGCUCUGGCGCCACUCAUCUGCACAACUCCGGCGGUGCCCAGCACCAGCACCAUGAGGCCAAUCUCCUCAGCUCGGGUUGCUCGGAGCGUUCCGCUUCGCUGGUCAGCACCGGCACGGCCAGCUUGGGGGCCCAAACGACGGCCACCAUGGGAGCUGGCUCGGGCUCCAUACGCGACACGGCCUCAGCCCACGAUUAUCCAAGUUUGACCAUCUCCGAUGACAUGUCAUUUGAGUUUGGCCAAGAGCUGGAGGGCGUGACCACAUAUGAUAAUGCCCAUGCCUUGUUCGUGCGUGCCACGUAUUUGGUCUGCCAUCGGCUCAUCUCGUCGUGGAAAACGGACUUAAAUGUCUCACUGGCGGCCCUUGAGCUGUUGUCCGGCUUGGCCAGGCUCCACAUACGGGAAACAGACACAUUAGUGAAAAUAUACGAAGCUAGUCAGAAUCUAACGAUAAUCUCCUCAGACGCUCUAGAGUGCAAGCGGGCCGUCAAGUGGAUCUGCGACUACAUAUGUUAUCAGUGCUCGAGGCCGCCGCCGGCCCACAGCAAGGAUCUGCACAGCACGAUUGUGGCUGCCUUCCAGUGCACCGCAGCAUGGCUGAUGCAGCAUCCGUAUCUGCUGCAGGAUAAGGACUGCCUGCAGACAGUUCUGGAGGUGGUUGAGCUGGGCAUAUCUGGCACCAAGAGCCAGAGCAAAAGCGGCGAUAUACCCAAGUUCAAGGAUGAGAAGGAGCUGAAACCGGCCUCCAUGAGGGUGCGAGACGCAGCCGAGAAUCUGCUCACAAUCAUACUCGAACAGGUCGGCUAUUUCCCAAGCGAGUGCGGCCCCGAGUCCAUAUCCUCCCUGCUCGAUGAGCUGGCACUGAUGAAGCACUGCAACUCGAUGGUGCCGGCGGCGGCGGCCAGCACCGAGCAGGCAAUUGCCAAGUUCAAGUAUUUUGUGACGGAGAACUCGACGAUAUUGGCCCUGCUCGAGGAGCCGCUGGGCAACGAUCAGGACCCACAGCCAACAGUGACACUGCUGAUACGUGGACCAUUUGGACGACAUGCCUGGACCAUGCAGCUGCGGCAUCUUCCACGCAGUAAGUCGGGCAUCAAGUACCACGCCGUCAAUCCUGGUCGGCCCAUUCCUAUGAACGAUAUUAGCCAGAGACCCGAGUGCGAGCAGAAGAACUUCCCCGACGGCGUUGACAAGGUGCAGCCCUGCGUGGCCGACUAUUCCAUACCCACUAUCGAGCAGAUUCGCGAGCAGUAUGGAUCCGGGAGCAUCAGGGAGCUGGAAUUGAUCCUCGAGAACCAGAGCAUCCAUGAGAAGCUGGCCUGGGCGGAGGCCGAUAACAGUGUGGACAGUCUGUCGCAUUCGCAAGAGUGCGUGCCGCCGUUGGUGUGCCAAGAGUUCCAUGCCGCACGGCUUUUCCUAUCUCAUUUUGGAUUCCUCACAUUCGAGACGCGCAAUCCACACAAUCCAGCGGAGUCGCUGGGAACACCGCCUCAGCGGCCCCUCAUUGUGCUGGACACCAAGUCGACAGCAUUUGCCGCCGAUCUGGACAGGCUGGAUAAGCUCAGUGCUCGCACCCAUGAUACCGUCUAUGUGUUCUAUGUAAAGACGGGUCAGACAAGUGCCCAGCAAAUAAUUGGCAAUAUGGUGGAGGAGCCCUCCCUAACCUACGAUCCGCACUUUGCCGGCAUGCUGCAAACCCUUGGCUGGCCGGUGCUGGUGGCCGAUCACUCUGGCUGGACGGGCUUUGCCCACAACUCCUGGUCGCUGAAGGGAACGCCAGAGGAGCAGCAUCAGCAGCAUCAGCUGCAGCAGCAGCUGCAGCUUAAAUCCAAUGUACCCAGCGAGCUCAAUUAUAAUGGAUCGCAGCGUGUGCUCUACUGGGCGGAUGUCUCGUCGGAGAUUGCUUUCGUUGUGCCGACCACUUGGAAUCUGCGCUACAACAGCGACAUUAGCGAUGGCGCCAGCAUAGCCAACAGUGAUCAGAUCGGAUCGAGCAAUGUGUGGGCACGUUGCGAGUCGGAUACGGGAACUGGUCCAGCCAAGUCCAAGCCGCGGAAUCUCAGCUUAGAAUUGGAAACGGCCACCGGCACCGGUACCGGUACCGGUCGCACGCAAAAGGAGCCUGUGCCGCCAACGAGACGCAAAGGGAACGUAACCAAGCCGACGCUGCUCGCUCAGGCGCCUGCCAAGAUCUUCCUGGUGUGGCUGGAGAGCUACGAGGACUAUCUGAACUUCCCGCUCGAGGAUCUUCUUGCCUACACCCGCACCGGCGAGGAGCUGCACUCGCUCCAGCAACCCAGGGCCGCCGACUGUCAUGUGAUCUUCGUGCACUCGCUUCUGUCGGGACUAUUAAGGGUCAAACUGCAGGGUCCACCCGGUCGGAUGAGCUUUGCCACGCCCCUAGUCGAUGGCAUGGUGCUGAGUCGGCGCGUCGUUGGCAAUCUGGUUCGUCAAACGGCCCUAAACAUAUCCCGACGACGGCGACUGGACAAUGAUAACUACCAACCGCCGCAUGUGCGACGGCGAUUGAAGGUGCAGGACAUUGUCCAGAAGUACAAAAUGGACUUGAGCGAGGCCGAGCUGUUGGCCCAUCUGUUCCAGCGUGCAAUUUAGCCGGCAUUAACAUCACAAGUAUUUACUAACCUAGGAUUAACACCACCACCAAAAUGGCUUGUCCAUGCCUGUAUUAUCGUGUGCUUAACUAAAACGUACCAACCAGCAAAAGGCAAUCGGUAUGGGACUCACUGCGAGAGUCCGAGCAUUUAUGGACGGACUCUUGUUGAUAUUCUAAUGUGUAUUACUACUUUUUUUUACUAAUAAAUCGAAUUAUUGUACUUUUGAAAAGUA